GUGUCAGCAGAAUUAACAAAUGUAAUGAUGAGAAGAAAUUCAUCUGUGGGAACUCCUUUCUGGAUGGCACCUGAGGUAAUAGCAUGUGAACAACAACUAGAAUACAACUAUGACCUGCGGUGUGACAUCUGGUCUCUUGGCAUAACAGCUAUUGAACUUGCAGAUGGAUAUGCUCCACUCUCUGAUGAACAUCCAAUGAGAGCUCUCUUUAAAAUUCCAAGGAACAAACCACCAGGGAUGAAAAACCCUGAAAAGUGGUCACAUGACUAUAGAGACUUUAUUGCAAAGUGUGUUGUGAAGGAUUUUGAAGAAAGACCCUUUGCCUCUGAUCUUCUUAAACAUCCAUUUCUAAGUUGGGUCCCUACAAAAACAGAAGUGUUAAACCGAAAGCUUCGGGGAGUAAUGGAUUCUCAGUAUCACGAAGAAGAUGGAAUCAUGGAUGAAGUCAAACAUGAGAAAGAUUCAGGCGAAGGCAAAGUCUACACGGGGAAAAACGUCCAUAAAAGACCCACUCACAGACGAAGCAAAGACAUGCUUCUGGUAGAUGACUUGACCACCCUUCCAAGCCUGACAGACGAAGUGAUUUUGUCUCAUUUACUGGAGAGAUAUCUUGGCCACCAAAUCUACACCUACAUUGGUGAUAUCCUGAUUGCAAUCAAUCCACUGCAGACACUCAAUAUUUAUAGUAAAGAGCACUCGCUGGCUUAUCGAUAUGCUGAAAAACAAACACUACCUCCUCACAUCUUCAUGGUGGCAAGUAUGACGUACAGAGCGAUGAUUCACAACCAGACGCCCCAGUGCUGUCUUAUUAGCGGCGAGAGUGGUGCCGGUAAAACUAUGUCUGCUAACUAUCUUGUUCAACAACUGGCAGAGCUGGGCAAGGGAGGAAACAAACCACUAGAAGAAAAGAUCCUACAGGUAAAUCCCCUGAUGGAAGCGUUUGGUAAUGCUCGUACAGUCAUCAACGACAAUUCCAGUAGGUUUGGCAAGUACCUGGAGCUGCACUUCACGUCUGAUGGUGCACUCACUGGAGCUUCGCUGAGCGAAUAUCUUCUGGAGAAGUCAAGAGUGGUCUUUCAAUCAUCUGAGGAAAGAAACUUUCACAUUUUCUAUUACAUGAUAGCUGGCCUUGCUAACCAGAAGAAACUGGAGCAGUAUUCCUUCAAGUUGUACUCCCAGCACUCCUAUCUUCAAACAGGAGGUAGAAAUCUUCAAGAUGUGGUCUGCACGAUGGGAAACAAGAAAAGAUUCGAAGAAGUACAAAGGUGUCUUGACGUUAUUGGCUUUUCGUCUGAGGAGGUUUCAUCUUUGUUCUCAGUGUUAGCUGCCAUCAUUCACAUCGGAGAUAUCGUUUUCAUUGAAGACGAAUCAGUCUCACAUCUGAGCGACAAGAGUAUGGUCAACAACCCUAAAAUGCUGGUUGUCGUGUCAAGCCUUCUAGGUAUUAAUGCAGUGGAGCUGAGAGAUGCCUUAACAACUAACAGCAAUGUAACACGAGGUGAGACCAUCGUACGUAACAACACAGUAGAUCAAGCAGUGGAUUGCAGAGAUGCCAUGGCCAAGGCUCUGUAUGGACGACUAUUCAGUUGGAUUGUCAAGAGAAUCAACGUUCUUCUGAGAGCUUUUUCGGAUCCAAUGGGGGAAAAUAACUUCAAGAUUGGUAUCCUGGAUAUAUUUGGGUUCGAGAACUUUAAGAGCAAUUCUUUUGAGCAGUUGUGUAUCAACGUUGCCAAUGAGCAAAUCCAAUUCUACUUCAACCAGCAAAUCUUUUCGUGGGAAUUGGAAGAAUAUCGUAGUGAAGGAGUCGCACUGGACAACAUUCAUUUUGAAGAUAAUCGCCCUGUUCUCGACAUGUUCCUUCAGAAACCCAUUGGACUCCUUGCUUUGUUGGAUGAAGAAAGUCGCUUCCCUAAAGCUACAGAUUUCACUCUUGUUGAAAAAUUCAACACCAACAUCAAAGGUGAUUCCUACAAGCCAACUAAAGAAAAGCAAAAUUAUCCCUCAUUCUCUGUUUUCCACUACGCUGGCAAAGUCAAGUACGAUGCAACCAACUUCUUGGAAAAGAAUCGAGACACACUAUCACUUGAUGUUGUCUACGUGCUUAGGACAAGUGAGAACAACUUGGUCAAAACACUAAUCCAGCAGAAGAACAUUCCAGAAGACAACAGGCGAAACAGUUCAAUUUUCUUUCAAGGCAGGGCAUCCACCCCUUUUGGUUCCACAUCCCCUUUUGGUUCCACAUCCCCUUUUGGUUCCACAUCCCCUUUUGGUUCCACAUCCAGCUUGGAUAACAAGUCUAACUCAAGCUCAAUGUCAAGACUGAACCAGACUGUGUCUGUUCACUUCAGGUCUUCUUUAAAAGAUCUCUUAUCCAAGCUGCUGCCAAGUCAGUCACACUUUGUCAGGUGUAUUCGCCCCAAUGGAUCCAUGGUUCCCGGGAAAUUCGACCAAGAAAAAGUCGAGACCCAACUCAGAUACACAGGGAUCCUGGAAACAACAAGGAUACGAAAACAGGGUUACUCUGAAAGGCCUACGUUUGAAGAAUUUGUUAAAAGGUACCACGUGCUUGGGUUCCCCAUGCACCGUGACAUCAACCCUAGUGUUGCAUCAUGCAAGGUCAUCCUCAAGGCUGCAAAAGUAGAUGGCUGGCUGCUUGGACGAACCAAGAUAUUCUUGAAAUACUACCAUGUCGAGCAGCUUGGAAAGUUGCUGGAUGAACACCGUGCUCGGGUUGUUAUAGCGCAGUCAGCCACUCGUGGACAUCUUACCAGACAAAAACUGAAACGUGCUAAACAGGAGAAGGUGGAACACGAACAAGAGAUCGAACACGAAGAGCAAGAUCAUGCUGCAACAGUCAUUCAAGCCCGCUACAAGGGAUACAACACCAGGAAGCACCUUAAGGAUGGAAAAAACGAUACUGACAGUGCAGAUGUUAAGUCUAUUUACUUCUUUCAACAGGUUAUCGAUUCAUCCAAUGUAUUCCAUGAUCAGCAGAACAAACAUCUCGAGCCACAGGAUAAAAUGCGCGCAAAGACAGGAGAGAGUCAUUAUGCUGUGGUCAACAAGUCCAAGGCAGAACCAAUGCAGGGUAGAAGCGCACUCCUUGGCAGUCAAGACGUUGUGUACGAUACUGAGGCUUCUGAGGUGGACGAUUUAGCUUCUCAACAAGAGACCAAGAGAAUUUAUCUCAUACAACAGAUCCACAACUCGCUGUUUGAUUUUGAAGAGCGUUUGAAUGAGCAUCUGAACGACCGUCCUCAUCUGGAAAACAGCAGACCUUCCAAUCUGGAAAGACAACUACUGUACCCUAGAAAACAAUCAGCAAGUAGAUUCCGUAGUGAUUCGCAAUCCUCAUUCAGGCCCCAACAAAUGAUGCUCCCAGAACUGGGCAAGUUCGCCUCACAACGAAGUCAACGCUCUUUCAGGAAAGAACCGUGGUCUCCUAGUGACGAAUCCUACCUACGAACAUUUGCAGAUGACAGCAAACAAGUUGAAUAUCAAAAAGAUCGAACACAGAGAAUAAACGAGAUGCUUUCCAUAGUGGAAGGACUUCCAUCAGACGCCAUGAAGGAACCUGAAUGGCUUGGAAGAAAAAAAGAUCAGCCUGUCCUCAGAAACUACUUAAGGAAACAAAGUCCGUCUCCUCUACCAUCAGUUAACUUCGAUAGAAAGACGUCGGAGAAUAUAUCGCAGUCAAGACUUCGUGCCGUGGAACCUUACUCUCCAAAGAACACUCAACCGCUCGAGCGUCAACAACCCGUGGGGCGCUUCUCUCCACAACUGAGACCAGUGGUACGACAACCACCACCGCCAGAGCCAACAGAACAUCGCUUCCAGUCUCCACCCCUGAGGUCAGUGCAUGUGGAACGACGAUCACCGUCGGAACCAACCGAACACCGCUUCCAAUCUCCACCCUUAAGACCGGUUGAACGUCCACCACCUCAACCUACGUCCCAACGCUUUGAGUCUCCGCCUUUGAGACCAGUGUUACGUCCAACACCCAAGCCAGCAUUACAGCGUGUUGAGUCACCACCCCCAGCACCCCUGCCGCCAGUUGCACGUAUUCCAUCUCCACCAGUGAGGCACGAACCUCCAGUAUUCAAGAAAGCUGUGCCCCCUCCUACUUCUGAACCGCCCAAGACGAUCAUCCUCAACAAAACCCCUUCAAGAGUGAAUCCAGUGAUCAGUCAAUCUGAAUUAGAAAAGAUCAACCUGAAACGAUGGACGGCCAAAAACAACGAACCCCCGACAAACGAGCUGUAUUCACAUGUACUGCCACCUGUUUCACGUAUUUCACCUUCACCAGUGAGGCAAGAACCUGCAGCACCCAAGAAAACUGUGCCAGCUCCUGCUCCUGAACCUCCCAAGACGAUCAUCAUCAAGAAAACCCCUUCAAGAACAAAUCCAGUUCUCAGUCAAUCUGAAUUAGAAAAGAUCAACCUGAAGCGAGGGGCGGCCAAAGACGUCGAACCCCCUACAAACGAAUUAUAUUCACACGUACUCAAGAAGACCGGACAAAGAUCCAAACUAGGAGUUCCUGAUGAAGAAGUUGAUGGCAAUGUAACACGCGUAAAUUUUAACGUUCCACUACAAAUAUCCACUUAAUUCUUCGUCACACAAAACUAGCAUGCUUCAGUGAACCUCUCAAUAUGAUGUGCAGUACUCUCCCAUUUCAGACUACAAACAUUUUCUUGAGUAUUAUAAGUCUGCGCCUACACUAAAGAGAUACUCGCAUAAGUUUUCACUUAUGAGCCCAGUUACUGACUUAGAAUCCUAGAAUCGAUUUUAUAGUUUUAAAGAACAAAAUAUAUUCAUUUGAUAUAACAUGCAAUUUAUUAGUAGAGCUAUCAUUCCUUUCGUAUCAUUUGAUAAUAGGCAAUCGUUAUAGCUGCUGACUACAAUAUAGAUAGAAUCACUUGCGAUACAUCUGCAAAGCAGAUAUGAAAAAGCAGCCUUUAUAUAUAUAUAUAUAUAAACAAUACUCUAAUCUUUUUUCACAAACAUGUUUUUACAUGUCGUUUAUAUGAAUUCCACACUAUAAUCACAUUAUAUAAGCAGAGUUUAGUUAGAAAAACAGUCUACAAAGAUUCUGCAAAUGUAAUUUGCUACACCCUUUUAUAUUUAAAAAAUGUUCACAGCUUUUUUACGCUGAAUCUUCAAGUAUGACUCUAAUAUUUCAUUCCAAACCUUUUACAACUCACACAUAAAGGAGAAAUUCGAAUUGAAGGACAUUUAUUUUUCGAAAGGAUUUAUUUUUGGUUCAUUAUUAUUUGUAGUUUAGGUUAAUCACGGGCGUAGACUGUGGGGGUCAUAGCUAGGUGCCUGCAUGUAACCCCGGCCUUCCAUUGGGCAUAAAAAGCAUCCCCUCCACCCCAAAGGAAAUUCAAGGCUACGCCCCUUAACUCACAUCAUCAACAUAUUUAUUAAGUACUAAAUCGUAGUAAUUAUUACUUAUGAACCGAGUUGCGAGAUGGCCAAUGUGGGAUUUUAAUACCAUUGCUGGGUCGUGUAACAUAAUGCGCAGCAUGUACUAAUGUUAGUAGAUUUUAACAAAAGAUUACCCAGCUAUUUUUAGAAUACAGCUAUUUUAUUCCGAAGAUAUCUCGUGACUUUAGGGUAGUGACCUAAGUAUAAUGUUAGGACGAAAAUUUGAUAUAGAAUUUAUUGAUGGUAGAAUUAGAUGUCUAUGCUGGUCAAUAGGACAGUAAUGCAGGUCGUUACACGUUUUAUCUUGAAGGUGAAAGAGCAAUGUGUAUUCCUCAAAACGUGGAUUUUGGGGGCGACAUUCAUGAUAAAUAAAUAACCACAAAGUCGUACUUUAGAUUGCAUUUCUUUGUACUUUGCACAACAUUUAUUUCAAUAAAAUAAUCUUCUCAGGGGCGAAGUUGUUUAA